AAAUGAGGAACACGCUUAAGAGUGCAGUUUCUGGUUGAUGAAUACUGCUUCUAGAAUCUUCGUGGAAUGCAUUAAUCAAAUGCAAUUAAAAGACAUUUAAGUAAUAGUCUUAGUCAUUGAAAUUAUGAGACUAUCAUUCAAAUGGAAGCGUUAUAGUUCUUCGGAACCAUUAUGAUCUCAAAAGGAAAGGAGAAUGAUACAGAUACACUGGCUGAGGUGUUUUGAGGUGCAUCGAAGUGUUCCAAGCUGUGACUUACCUUAACAUGUUCUUGAAGUACCAUGGCGUGGAUUAAAAGAAAAUUUGGUGAGCGGCCUCCACCUAAACGACUCACUAGGGAAGCUAUGCGAAAUUACUUAAAGGAGCGAGGGGAUCAAACAGUACUUAUUCUUCAUGCAAAAGUUGCACAGAAGUCAUACGGAAAUGAAAAAAGGUUUUUUUGCCCUCCUCCUUGUGUGUAUCUUAUGGGCAGUGGAUGGAAGAAAAAAAAAGAACAAAUGGAACGUGAUGGUUGUUCUGAACAAGAGUCUCAACCAUGUGCAUUUAUUGGAAUAGGAAAUAGUGACCAAGAAAUGCAGCAGCUGAACUUGGAAGGAAAGAACUAUUGCACAGCCAAAACUUUGUACAUAUCUGAUUCAGACAAGAGAAAGCACUUCAUGUUGUCUGUAAAGAUGUUCUAUGGCAACAGCGAUGAUAUUGGUGUGUUCCUCAGCAAGCGGAUAAAGGUCAUCUCCAAACCUUCCAAAAAGAAGCAGUCAUUGAAGAAUGCUGACUUGUGCAUUGCCUCAGGAACAAAGGUGGCUCUGUUUAAUCGACUUCGAUCCCAGACAGUUAGUACCAGAUACUUGCAUGUAGAAGGAGGUAAUUUCCAUGCCAGUUCUCAGCAGUGGGGAGCAUUUUACAUUCAUCUCUUGGAUGAUGAUGAAUCAGAAGGAGAAGAAUUCACAGUUCGUGAUGGCUACAUCCACUAUGGACAGACAGUCAAACUUGUGUGCUCGGUUACCGGCAUGGCUCUCCCAAGACUGAUAAUUAGGAAAGUGGAUAAGCAAACCGCAUUACUGGAUGCAGACGAUCCUGUGUCACAACUCCAUAAAUGUGCAUUUUACCUUAAGGAUACAGAAAGAAUGUACUUGUGCCUUUCUCAAGAAAGAAUAAUCCAGUUUCAGGCCACUCCAUGCCCAAAAGAACCAAAUAAAGAGAUGAUAAAUGAUGGAGCUUCCUGGACAAUCAUUAGUACGGAUAAGGCGGAGUAUACAUUUUACGAGGGGAUGGGCCCUGUCCUUGCCCCAGUCACCCCUGUGCCUGUCGUAGAAAGUCUUCAGUUGAAUGGCGGUGGGGACGUAGCAAUGCUUGAACUUACAGGACAGAAUUUCACUCCAAAUUUACGAGUGUGGUUUGGGGAUGUAGAAGCUGAAACUAUGUACAGAUGUGGAGAGAGUAUGCUCUGUGUUGUCCCAGACAUUUCUGCAUUCCGGGAGGGCUGGCGAUGGGUCCGGCAGCCAGUCCAGGUUCCAGUAACUUUGGUCCGUAAUGAUGGAAUCAUUUAUUCCACCAGCCUUACCUUUACCUACACACCGGAACCAGGGCCACGGCCACACUGCAGUGCGGCAGGAGCAAUCCUUCGAGCCAGUUCAAGCCAAGUGCCCCCUAAUGAAUCAAACACAAACAGCGAGGGAAGUUACACAAAUGUCAGCACAAAUUCAACCAGUGUCACAUCAUCUGCAGCAACAGUGGUGUCCUAACUACCGGCUUCUUGCUGGGACUUAAACUGACUUGAGUGCGGCAAAAUGUUGACAAAAAAAAAAAAAAAAAGAAAGAAAGAAAGAAAGAAAGAAAGAAAGAAAGAAAGAAAGAAAGAAAGAAAGAAAAAAAAUGAACAAUCUUUUGUGGUUUCUUGGGAAAACUUUUCAUACCAGGUGAUACUGUUCAGAAACCCCAUUACCUACAAGUGCUGAUCUGAAGUGCAGAAGCCGCAGUAAAACAAACAAACAAAACGUCGAAAUGUACAAACUGUUGGGAAUCGAUUGUUUUCGGCUGUUACUCGUUUGGUUGGUUUUUGUUUGGUUUUGUUUAAAUGGGCAAGAAAUAGAGAUGUGGCUGGAAUAAAAGUUAAUCAAACUAGAAGACACAAAUCUAACAUAGUUUUUACGGACCAAGGAACUUGUAUAAGCUUUAGCAAAAGGUACAUUUUCACCAUACCUUUUUUUAUAUCACAGUAUAUAGUACACCUUUGUUACCAAAUAGGUCCCUCUCCUCCCCACCCCGUCUGAGCUUUUGCUCUACAGUACAUUCAAGUUCCAAGCCUGACCAUGCUUGUUUAACCUAAUUACCAUAUUCUUCCAGGUUUCUUUUUUUCUUUUUUUUUUUUUUUUUGGUUUAAGGCUGGAACUGAUCUUUCUAUUUUAUUUUAUUUUUUUAAAGCUGAUGUCUUAUGACCUUUCACGAGUCGAAAUUGUUCUGAUUUCAGCAAGUCAAAUCUUGUAAAGGCCCGCCUAUUUUUUUUUUUAAGAUUAUAUGAAGUCUGUGCAAAAGCUUUAAAAAAAAUGCCUCUGCCUUGCCUGCAGUACAUGCAAUGUAUGUUAACUUAGUCUCUAUUCUCAGACACUGUUGGUAGUUCUUUCCUUGUUUUCCUUUUUUUGUUGUUGUUGUUCUAAAUGUAUUUAUAGUGGUAUUCCAAGAGGUUCUAAAAUUUCCGUGGAAUUAAAUGUGGCCAUUUAGUCAUUAAUGAAUUCAUGGUGCAGAACAUGUUGGUAUUUGAAGUGUUCUCUCCCCUUUGCCCAUGUGUAAAUGUAUCUACAUGUUCCAGAUUCGUUCAGGUCCCCCGCCCCACUCCUAAUCUUGUACAUAACUUGUAUUAUGUGUAAGUUAAACAUUUUAUUUUGAACUUGGAAUGUUCCCAGUGAUCUCCUUCAGCAGGGUGUUUUCCGCCUUGUUAGCAUAGGACAAAAAAAAAAAAAAUAUCAUGAGAAGUAUUUGCUACCAGCUGGUAGAUGGUGCCCUUAUUGUAUAAUGAGAAAAUCUCAGCAAAAGCAUGUGUUUGUUUACUUAUUUUUUUUAUUUUAUUAUUAUUAUUAUUUUUUUGGUAGCCUAGGUCAAAACAUCAUUGUAACCUUGAAACAAGAUGCUUUUAUUAGAUGACCAACUCAAAUAGCUUGGAAGACAGUACAUUAGAACAGAUAGUUGUGAGAUUGUAAAACUGCAAAUGCAAUUGAUCUUUUCAUCUCUCUCCUGACUCCUCUGUCUUCUCUUCCCCAGUGCUGAGUGUCUCCACAGAUGUCUCCUACUCAGAAGACGUUUCUUUUCCAUUCAGUUCAGAUUUCGUGGCAUUCGGGUUGUGCGUUGGCCCUUCCAUGCUGUAGGCUCACCGGUUUUUCCUUGCUUCCAUUCCUGCACUCUGGUCAGGCCUUUGUUCAGUUUCUUAGAAAUUGCAGCCGACUCACUGGGCUACAUUUAGUACAGGAACCGUGUGUGUGAUGUUCUAGGACACAGUCUAGUACUGCAAUCAUUCUUUCUAGAGUUCAAAACUACCUCUAGAGUGUGGUAAGCUUUUACUGUCCCAUAAAACAGGAGCCACAAGUACCUUAUGAAUGCAAAACUAACUUCCCACAGUGUUGCCAUACAGAACAUUGUCUUUCUGGUGUCAUGGGCUGUUUUGAAAACGUCUUCAUUGGUAGACUUUGUAAACAUUAGUAGCUUUCCCCCUCUCCCCAGCUUUGUUAUCUUCAUCACUCAUUCUUUUGCUCAGACUGUGUCAUUGUAAAUACAAUUCCUAACUUCUCUAAAUCACCUUUUCCUCAGUUUUCAAGGAGGAAGUCACUUGUAAAACACAUUACUGGUUAAAUCAGAGUUAUUGUGGUUUUAUCGUACUGCAAGCCUUUUUAAUUACUCACAGGCUGCAUUAUUCUAUAUGUAUAGCCUUCUCUUCAGAUCUGCUCCAGUCACUAGCUUCUCUCGUAAGCUGACCCUGCCUCACACUUCAAAUCUGAUCCAGUGAUCAAGGGCAGAAUUGUGGCCUUACCUUUCUUUGUUUUAACUGUUUACUAGCUCCUUCUUGCAAACUUGCUUAUUUCUGAGUAGUAAUUAUUUUUCUCUGUUGAGUCAUGGAAGUAAUCUUUACACUGCUUUUGGUUCGGAGCGUGGAAAUAUUUUCAGUGCCGCUUUACUUCCAAUGGGCCACAAAUUUCCUCCACUUCCCAGUUUGAUGUUUAGUUACAUACAAAACUAUGUUAAAUUAACCGACAACAGAUGAGAUACUUUUGAAGAACAGACUAUUCCUUACGUAGCUUUGCAGCUCAAAUUAAUUCUUCAAGUUUAUGGCUUUGUUAAAUGAGCUUUGCUUUUUUACUAUUUAAUUAUACCUUAUUUUGGCUGUUUGUUUCUUUUAAUAAGAUAAUUUUGAAAUACUAGACUGUAAAGCCUUUUCCUGUUUGUUUUUUGUUUGUUUGAAAAGUCCAAGAAUGUACUUCUGCAGACAUUUCCCUUGCUAUUUUAUGCCAUUCUGCAUACCACAAACUAAAGACUGAAAUGAUUUCUGUUGUAGCUUAUUUUUUUUUUAUCAGUAGUUCUUUUGGCAGCUGCUUUAAAAAAAAAUCUUUAUGGAUUUGUAAAUCAUUUUCAGUGUAUAAUUUAUAGGAGCCUUGUCCUCUGGUUAUAGUAGAAUACAGCCCCUCCUCCGAUGGCAUUAUUAGAGAUGCUAGAUGCCCUUCUUAGAAUGGUGACCACUUCAGUUAGAAAACGUUCGAGUUUUGGGUUGUUUCUGGUUUUUUAAAAUUCUGUUUUAGAAGGGUAUCUUGUGCUCUCGUGAGCUAUGCAAUUUCUAAAAAUAUGCUAGACGCUGAGUCCAUGAUCCAGUCUGUUUUUUAGUUCCAUUGAAUUGAUCACCUAGAUUGGGAAGGCAGUUAAAGGCUUUAAAUGUAGAAUGCCCUUUUGAUUUUGAAUGAUUUCAGAAUCGAACACUAGUAUAAUAUUUAACCUGCUGCUGACUUUUCUUCAACUGUGGCAACUAAAGGCAUCCUCAUAUAUGUGUUAGUGAAAUAUUUAUCCCUCUUCUGCACAGACUUAUUUGCGAUCAUAACUGGUUAGUUUUCGUUUUUGUUUUUGUUUUUAAUGAAACUGGUACCAUCUGUGCCCUCACAGAAUAUUCCCCAUGCAGUUUUUGAGAACUAAACUCGUCCUGUUUAACCAGAUAAUCCACGGGGUGGGGGAGGGGGGUUCCUUUUUUAAACAAAAUGCUAUUCAAUUAUUAACCAAGUUACUUACUUUUGAUUUCAAAAGCAGCUGUGUUUUCUAAUGAGUGCUGAACAAAUGUGUGUUCGGUACUUCUGAUUUUGUUUUCAAGCACUGUAAUGUGGGCUGGAUGAUUAGAAACAAUAAUAUAUUAGGGUUUCUAUUUAACCCUUUCAGGACUGAACUGUAUCUCCUAUUAAUUUUUCCCUGUGUCGUGAUAAAUGUUUGCCGGCAUUCAGUACUGUGUUGGUCCAGACGUAGGUUUAUAUGCUCAUUUUUAGCUUAUUUCUUGUACCUUGCAGCAUGCUGUACGCAUUCAGUCCUUAAGGGGUUUAUUUUACAAACUGUGCGCCUGUAAGGUUUAUUAGCAAUAAGAUAGAAAAUUGAGCAAGUUUAUACCAUAAUUUUGUAGAAAAAAGAAUCUGCUCAGUUCCAUAUUUCGCCCAUGAGAAACCUGCAAUACGGGCAGUUUCAAGGAAUAAAUAAAAAAGGAAACGCAAA